AUGGAGGACAUCGCUGUUGUUGGAAUGGGAUGUGAAGGGCUGGAUAAUUUCUGGAAAGUUCUGCAGGAGGGAAAGAACUGUGCAUUAGAUAUUCCAGCUGAGAGGUUUGACACCAGCUUUUGGUUCCAUGCUGAUGCCAACAAACCUGGAAAAACCCAAACAACCAAAGCUGCUCUAAUAGAAGGGUUUAAUGAGUUCGAUCACACGUUUUUCGGGAUCCCUGAAGUGGAGGCAGACUCCAUGGAUCCUCAGCAGAAACUCCUCCUGCAGUGCUCCUACAGGGCUUUGGAGGAUGCAGGGGUAACCAUGGAGACUAUCAGCGGAAGCAGGACUGGAGUUUACAUCGGUACUCUUCUCACAUUUUUACAUUUCCAGCUGAAAUCCUGGAUUUUGUUCAUCGUAUCUUCUUUCUGUGCUGCUGCAGGUCUCAUGAACAGAGACUAUGAGAUGAUCAGGAACAACAAUCCAGGAUCAGUAACUCACUACAACGGCACCGGGACCGCCAUGAGCAUCUCAGCUAACAGGAUCUCCUUCAUUUUUAACCUGACUGGACCUUCUUUUGCUCUGGACAGCGCCUGCUCUUCUUCUUUGGUGGCUAUACAUGUAGCCUGUCAGGGUUUAAAGCAAGGAGACUGCGAGAUGGCUCUGUGUGGAGGAGUUAACUGCAUCAUCGAGCCAAGAGUGUUUGUGGCUCUCAGCAAAGCGAAGAUGAUUUCAGCUGAAGGAACCAGCAAACCCUUUUCCACGAGAGCAGAUGGAUACGGCAGAGGGGAAGGCUGCGGAAUUGUACUCCUGAAACCUCUCAGACAGGCUGUGAAGGAUUGCAACAAAAUAUGGGGAGUCAUCUGUAAAACUGCCAUCAACCAAGAUGGACGUUCUGUCACUCCAAUCACCAAACCCUCCAUGAGUCAACAGGAGGAGCUGCUGAGAAGAAUCUACUCAGACACGGACAUCGCUAGCGUCCAGUACAUAGAAGCUCAUGGAACUGGAACCCCAGCUGGAGAUCUAACGGAGGCUGGAAGCAUCUCCAACGUUAUUGCUAAAGCCAGACCGGCCGGUUCUGGGCCACUGCUGAUUGGAUCCGUGAAGGGCAACAUCGGACACACGGAAGCUGCAGCCGGAGUAGCCGGACUUAUUAAGGUACUCCUGAUGAUGAAGCACAAAACCAUCGUCCCCUCAGUUUUCUACUCUGAAGAUGGUUCAAGCAUAGAUGUAAAAGCUCUGAAAUUACACAUUCCAAGCCAAACUCAGAGAUGGGAGGUGAUUCAACCACUGGGAAGGGCAGCGGGUGUGAACAGCUUUGGGUUUGGGGGAACAAAUGCACAUGUGAUUUUAAGAGAGCACAACCACACAAUAGUUCCCACACAAGAUGGACCAAAACUUUUUGUAUUGUCUGCAAUGUCUGAAAAAGCACUGAGCCUAACGAUAACUGACACUCACCAAAGGCUUUGCAGCAGUGAAACAGCUGAUUUGCAGGCCAUCUCCUACACCUCAGCAUGCAGGAGGACUCACUGCAAACACAAAGUUAGGAAGACGUUUUCAGCAUCGUCCCUAUUAGAUUUAAAAAAACAGCUCAGAUCGGCACGUAAAACCAAGUUUGAGUCAGUGAAGUCCGACGUUCAAGUGGUGUUUGUGUUUUGUGGGAAUGGCGUUUCUUACAAGGGGAUGUGCAGGCCGCUCAUGACGAAAGUUCCUGUUUUUAGAGAGACGGUUAGAGAAGUUGAAAGGCUUUUUCGGAGUUAUAAAGACAUCAACAUCAGUCAGUGGCUAACUGAUGACACGGACAACAGCUGCUCCACCCAUCCAAAUGUCGCCCAACCUCUACUUUUUGCAAUCCAAGUUGGCAUUGCCACCCUGCUGAGGCACUGGGGUGUGAAACCCAACGCUAUGCUUGGUCACUCUGUUGGUGAGGUAGCUGCAGCUCACUGCUCGGGUGUUUUGCGUUUGGACGACGCUGUGAAAGUGUUGUACCACCGCAGUAGUCUUCAAAGCAACGUCACGGGAGGGAAAAUGCUUGUGGUCAGCAACGUUGCAGUGGAAAAGGUCUUGGAAGUUCUUCCAGCCUUUUCUGGGAAGAUCAGUGUCGCUGCUUACAACAGCCCUCAGUCCAUCACUUUGUCAGGAGAUGCAGAUGCUAUAGAUGUCCUCCACGAGAGGCUGACACUUCUGUUUGCAGACAUAAAUCUCUUCUUGCAUUUCUUGGAUGUCCCCGCUGCCUAUCAUAGCCACAUGAUGGAUCCGAUUCUAGACGACGUUGAGAGAAGCAUUGGGCUUUUGGAUGCAAACAACUUGGAGUGUGACCUAUUUUCAACAGUGACUGGCGAAAGGUGUUCAGAUGGUGACUUCAUCUCUGGCACCUACUGGGCCAAGAACAUCCGGGAGCCAGUUUUACUUGAGCGAGCUCUUCGUGCUUCUGUCACAGACGGAAGACGAAAUGUGGUCUUUGUGGAGAUUGGACCACGAAGGGCUCUUCAGAGGUACAUAUGUGAGACUCUUGGAGAUGAUGUGAAAGUCCUUUCCUCCGUUAGAUCUGAGAAAGACCGUGACACCAUCUUCUCUACUCUGGCCAAACUGUUUGAACUUGGAGUUGAUGUAGACUGGAAGGAGCUCUACAGGGGUGGUGAGACAUUGCCAACAGCUCUUCCAGUCUACCAGUUUGACAGCACAAAGAAAAAUGUGAACUUUGAAGCUUUAAGAAGAGGCAGCGAGUCAUCCCGCUGUUCUCAGCACGGGUUUGAAACCCACGUAAGACAGAAUAAGAAAGAAUUUGAGUUUGACCUGUCACUGGAGACUGAGCCAUAUCUUUGGGAGCAUAAAAACAACAACAUUCCCAUUGUGCCAGGCGCGUUUUAUGUUGAGACAGCUUUUUCCUUAGUGGUGGCAAAUCUGAAGCCAAAGAAACCUCUAUCCCUGCUCAGUCUCAGUGUAACAUUUGAGAGUGUUCUUGUUCUAAACUCACAAUCCCAACGGUUGAAAGUAAUGCUAGAACAAUCAGAGAAGGAGGCCUCAUUUAAAAUACAGUCCCCUGUUGCAACAUAUGCCUCUGGCUUGUUCACAGAGCAGCCACCACUGCUAGAAGAGCCAACCGUUUGUCUUGAUGUCAUCUACCAAAGGUGCAAACUAGUCAUGGCGACCGAUGAAAUUUAUUCCCUUCUGUCUCAAGCUGGCUUUCAGUAUGGCCCUCUUUUCCAAAAACUAAAUGAAGUGUAUUUCGGGAGCGAAUUCAAGGAAGCUGUAACUACUGUUCGAGUCCCCGAUGAACUUCAGAAGAAUCUCCAUGAGUAUGUCAUUCAUCCUGUGCUUCUGGAUUAUUUUAUGCAAAUGACUGCUGCAGUUGCAAUGGGACAACUGUCAGCAAGGCGGGGAUUUCCCUCACGAAUAGCAAGUAUCAGCAUCUCCGGACCCAUGAGACAGGAAAUGGUCGUGUACUUGCGGGCUAGUCGGGAGACACGAGAGUUCCUUGAGGUGUGUGGUUGUUUCACCACCAAAGAUGGGAGUGUUCUUGUGGAGCUCAAGGGGGUGAGAAUUUCAUUUUUGGAUUGUGUCUCAGAUUCUCCUCAAUGGUUGUUCUUUCACAGUGAAACAGUUGCGUUGGCAGACAGGAGAGACGUUCAAGAUUGCAAAAUAAAAGCGGUUGUCUUUGAAGAUCAGCUUGGAAUUGCUAAAGAUCUGAGACCAUACUUGUCUCCUGAGUCGGUUCUCAUAGAGAGCAGAAAGAAGCUGACUUCGGAUCAAGUUCAAAACUUGGUGUUUAGCUUGCUGGAACGAAAUGAUGACCUGAACAAUGUUCUCUUCAUUUCGGGUGUUGAUGACCUCAGUCAUUUGUCAUCUGAGAUGAUUCUGAAGUGUUUCGUGACUUGCUGUGAGAAGUUACGGCACGUCGUUUUGGCUGUCAAAAGGAGCAAACUUCCCUGCACCAUCAGGGUCGUAACUUACAAAUCGACAGAAAUGAGUGUUGACCGUGUGACUCCUGGCUUUGUGCUCUCGGGCAUGACCAGGGCAUGCUCUGUCGAGAUGGCAGAGCUUCACUUUCAGCUGAUUGAUCUCGCUUCCGUGACCGCCGAAGACAUCCGUACCUUGGUUCAUGUAAUUAAAACCAAUAAACAACAAGAGGUCAGGAUCAACAAGGGGCAGGCAUCGGCAACAAGAAUAGCACAGACUCCACUGGAGGAUAAGAACGAGACAUAUUUGGGGGAUCUGAAAGACUAUGUCCUUCAAACUACUGACCCUUACAGAAUGGCUAACCUGUCUGCCAUCGUUGGUAACGCAGAUGAAAGUCCUGUUCAAGAAAAAUCUGUUGAAAUCCAACUAGAUAAUGUGUGUGUUCAUUCUUCGGAUUAUUUCCCUGUCAGCACUUCCCAGUUUAGCUUUGGGAAGACAUUUUACUGGAACAACUGUGUGACUCAGAAUCACAACCUCAUGGCUUUAGACUACAGUGGCAUUGUCACAUCUGUUGGUAGACAAGUCAAAGACCUAAAAGUGGGAGACCACAUUGCUUCGUGUUAUCCAGUAACUGCCGCCGCAAAGAUUGUCAUUCCUGAAGCAGUCUGCUAUGGCACAAAGACACUUCCAAUUUUCAGAGAGACUCCAUGUGUGUCCUACUUCAUAUUGGCAUGGGAGAUCUUGCAAAAUGUGCUGCCCAAAGUUCUUAAACAGCACAGAAAGCUGGCAAUUAUCUCCUCAAACUCAGUCUCGGUUCUCACUAAGGUUCUUGCACUCGCAGCCAGCAGGUCCGGCUGGAAUGUUUCAUCUCGAGCACGCCUCACCAGCGAACUGUCCCAUUUCGAUGCUUUUGUUUUCCUGCCGCCUGUCGAUCACUCUCUGGAGUUGAUGUGUGACAGUGUCGACUCAGUGAAACCUGCUGUUUUUGUGUGGAGCAGUCACAUGUCACCGCCUGUUCCCAAAAGCAGGUUUGCAUUAAAGAGCGAGCAAAUUCUUGUGCAUGAACUUGAUGUGGCUCGUGUUCUCCAGCGAGCCAGUCUGCGAGCCCGAAGCAGAAGCGUCUACACCUGGCUACAGUCACUGGGCUUCAGUGCUGAGUCGCUUCCUCUUAGAAGGGAGCUUAAUCACAUAAAAGAACACGAGUCUUACUUCGCCUCACCAACGGUGCAGCAGGUUGUUAUCAAUCAUGAGGGAUUUGAUUUUCCACCAUCUGACGACGUGUUGUUGACAAGAUCCAAGCAGCUUUUUAAGCAGAGAUGUGUUUAUGUUGUAACAGGAGGCUUGUCUGGAUUGGGAUUUGAGACCGUUAGGUUUAUUUCCAAAAAUGGUGGAAGCCAUAUUGCAAUAUUCUCAAGAAGUGCUCCUUCUGACAGACUCCAGCUUGAACUAGAUCUCCUCCAGAAGCAAUAUGGAGUCAAAAUCCUGAAUAUCCAGUGUGACGUUUCCAUGUCGGUGCAAGUGGUGGAUGCGUUCUCCAAAAUUGGAGCAAAGUUUCCAUCUUGUCCAAUCAAAGGUGUGUUUCACAGUGCUGCAGUCCUGCACGACGCACUGAUUGAAUCUCUUCAUGAGUCUCUCUUUCAGAAGGUGUUGAAACCCAAAGUCAGUGGCGCUCUGAAUCUCCACUUUGCAACCCUUCAGGAGAAACUUGACUUUUUUGUUUGCUACUCGUCCGUCUCGUCGGUCAUAGGCAAUGCAUCACAGUGUAACUACGCUGCAGCCAAUUCUUUCCUGGACAUGUUUUGUCAUUACCGAAGAAACCUCGGUCUUGUGGGACAGUCUAUCAACUGGGGUCCUUUAAAUGUCGGUUUGCUGCUGAACAAGGACCACUUUCAAAAGUUCUUGGAGGCAAAAGGGAUGAUGACCAUGUGUGUGCGUGAAAUCCACCAGACACUUCAAAUGUGUUUAUCAAUGAACAGACCUCAACAGGUAAUAUGCAAGUUCAACUUCAAAAACCUCAAUGUGCACGUACUUUCCCAAAACGCAUCUCUGAGGGAGCGACUGUCAGCUUUAGUGGAAACAGCGCUCAAAGACGAAAAACACAAAGAACCCAAAGUUCAGCCUUCUUCUUCCACGCCCGAAAGUGUGAGGAGAAUUUUUAGUCAAGUACUGAGCUUAAAUGCAGCUGAGCUGGAUGACGAGGCCUCUCUGGGUGCACUUGGAGUCGACUCGAUGCUAGCCAUGACUCUGCAGAACAGGAUUUUCCAGGAGACUGGAGUGAAUGUGCCUUUGGUUAUAAUACUGGACCCAAACAGCACACUUGUCACUUUGGUCAAAGUUGUCUUGAAUGGUGGGUGAUUUUAUUCCAAACCCUUAAAAAGCAAAGAGCCAAUGCACAAUUAUACUAAAUUUGGGCCUAAAUUGUAUCAAGAAAAUCUGAAUGUCAUAUAAAUGUAAAUAGUGUGUCCAGUUUUUAACGGUUAACAGUUGCACCGAUGUUGUCUUUGGCAGAAACAUAAAAUAAGAUUGGCAAACAAUUAACACAAACAUGCAUGAAGAAUUAAGAAUCAGAUGUUUUCAAUGAAACAAUAAAAGUUUGAAGAGCCUUUAUUCGUAUAAACCGUGUAAUCAACAAUGAUAAUGCUUCUGAGUUGUAUUAAAGUUUGCAUUUAAGAGUUCUGUGUACACCUGCAAAAUGGUAAAUUGUCAUUACUGUGUUGUAGUUGCAUCUCAUCUAAGAAAAUAGUGUAGGUUAAUUUAAUGUGCAUACAUUUUAGAGUAGAUCAUGUUUUAAGUAAUUAAUUCAAAUUUUUAACAAAUAACAGAAUAUCAUUAAAAAAGACAAUCCUUAUUGUUGGAUUAUGAGUUGUUAAUGAGAUGUACUAGCACACUGCUGCUAACCACUAAUACAUUCUCUCUCUCCUGAUAGCAACUUUUUGUUUUCAUUGACUUUUGAUGUGCUACUACUAGUUUAUCCGUUUAAUUAUAGAUCCACUAGAACAAAUACAAUAAAGUUUAUCUUUCACCAAAUACAAUAUUUACUAAGACAUCACAAUAUAACUAUAGACACAUUACUUGUGUGUGUGUGUGUGUGCGUGCGUGCGUGUGUGCGUGUGUGUGUGUGUGUGUGUGUGUGUGUGUGUGUGUGUGUCUUUGUCUGCCUGCUCUGUCUUCUCGAUCCCCAGUGAGUCAUGGAGGAUGGCUGCUUAUACUGAGCCAGGAUUCUCUGGAGGUUUCUUCCUGUUAAAAGGGAGUUUUCCUCUCCACUGUCGCUGCAUGCUUGCUUAGUAUGAGGAUUGCUGUAUAGUCACUGACACUAGUCAGUGACUUGAUGCAAUUUGCUGGGUUCCUUAUAUAGGAAACAUUAUUUCUGAUUGGCUUAAUGAACUGUGAAUUGGAAUGUUUAUAAUGUGAAGGGCCUUGAGACGACUCUUGUCGUGAUUUGGCGCUAUAUAAAUAAACUUGAAUUGAAUUGAAUGUAUUGUAUCCUCUAUUAUGCUCAAUGCUUCUGAUGUCCUUAAGAAUGAAAAAAAGAGAUUGUGUUGCUUUUUGUAAUAUUUGAAGUCAUAAAAAUUGUAAUUGUUGCAUUAUUAAUAUAACAUUUGUUUAUGGUGUUUCUGAUUAUAAGUUGGUUUGAAGCUGUGUAUCAUAACAUUUUAGAAUAUCUGUAAAUAAACCAACAUUGUCAGUUAUGUGCAUUCUCUUUUGUUGUGUAAAAAUGAAGCAGAAUUAUGAAAAAAAGCCAAACUUGCAUCAUAAACACUGGAAAAUAUUCAUGACUUGCAAACUCGUUUGUUUAUUAGCUAUUCUAGAAAAUACAGACAUGCAUUUUGUGG